AUAAUUAAUGGAUAUGUUAACAUUUCCGGUUAUGUUUGGCACGAAGAUAAAUCAACAACAAAAAGUUGAAAAAGCCAAUCUAGAUUUAGAUAGAUCUAGAUCUGGAUCUAUAUAGAUUAGAUCUAAAGCCUUUUCUAGAUCUAGAAUUCUUACUUUGAAUCUAGAUCUAGUUACUAUUCAGUUAAUUCAGAGACUAACCAUUACGGAGCUAUAAAAAUUCAAAUUUUAAAAUUGUGAUGGCAGGGUUUAAACUUUAAACUGUUUGUUAGAUGGAAAUGACUAUCUAUAGAUCUACUUCUAGAUUCUAUCUAAAAUUUAUUCUAGAUCUAGAAUAGAGAUAGUCUAGAUAGUGAUAUAUAUUCUAUAUAAAUAUUGACUCUAAAAUAACCUUGGUAGAUUAUAUAGAUAAAUCAUUAAAUGAAAUGAGAAAAACAUGGAUUACGAAUUUAAAUUAAAAACAACACAAGAGAGAGCUCGUGUUGAGGAUGAAUUUGAAUAUGAAGGUUGCAAGGUUGGAAGAGGAACUUAUGGACAUGUAUAUAAAGCCACAAGAAAAGAUGGGGACAGGAAACAGAACUAUGCAUUAAAGCUUAUUGAAGGCACUGGGAUAUCCAUGUCAGCAUGCAGAGAAAUUGCUCUACUUCGAGAGUUAAAACAUCCCAAUGUGAUCAGCCUGUUAAAGGUAUUCUUGUCCCAUCAAGAUCGGAAAGUAUGGUUGUUGUUUGAUUUCUCAGAACAUGAUCUUUGGCACAUCAUUAAAUACCACAGGUCAGCCAAAGCCAACAAAAAGCCAAUUAAUACUCCUAAAAAUAUGGUCAAGUCACUACUGCAUCAGAUCCUGGCUGGCAUUCAUUAUCUCCACAGUAACUGGGUUUUACAUAGAGAUUUGAAACCAGCCAACAUCUUGGUAAUGGGAGAAGGUCCAGAGCGAGGAAGAGUAAAAAUAGCUGACAUGGGCUUUGCCAGACUUUUCAAUUCUCCACUGAAACCUCUAGCUGACCUUGAUCCAGUUGUUGUUACAUUUUGGUAUAGAGCACCUGAACUAUUAUUAGCAGCCAGACAUUAUACCAAAGCAAUUGACAUCUGGGCAAUAGGAUGUAUAUUUGCUGAGCUUUUGACCUCUGAGCCAAUCUUCCACUGCAGACAAGAGGACAUCAAGACAAGCAAUCCUUACCACCAUGAUCAACUAGACAGAAUAUUUAAUGUUAUGGGCUUUCCACAAGACAAAGAUUGGGAAGAUAUAAGGAAAAUGCCAGAGCAUCAACAGCUGACUAGAGAUUUUAAACGCUCCAGUUAUGUGAACUGUAAUCUAAUGAAAUAUAUGGAGAAACAUAAAGUGAAAGCUGACAGCAAAGCCUUUCAUUUGCUCCAGAAACUGCUAACUAUGGACCCAACGAAAAGAAUUUCCUCAGAACAGGCAAUGAAAGAUCCCUACUUCUCAGAGGAGCCAACUCCUUGUGCUGAUGUAUUUGAAGGAAUGCCCAUCCCUUAUCCCAAGAGAGAAUUUAUAUCAGAUGAUGACAAUGAAGAUAAAUCUGACACUAAUAAACAACAACAAACAGCAGGGGGAGCUGGUGGUGGAGGCUCAGACCACAAUCAGCCUCCAGCUAAAAGAGCUCGCAUGGCUCCUACUAGCAGUAAUAACUCUAUGGUGUCUGGUGACUAUCAGGUGUACUUAACUCAGCCAAACAAUCAGUCUAGUCAUUCAUCCAGUUACCAACAUGGCAUCUCAAUGACAUAUUCCAACAGCUACCACAGUAAUGACUAUAGUGUCUAUCACAACUCUUCUUAUGAUCCAUGGCAUGUCCACAACAUGGCAGGUGGUAGCCAGCAGCAAGGAAUGACUUAUAACUCCAACAGCCAGUCACAACAACAGAAUACAUCAGCAUCAAGUUUUGGACAGAGAAUGAUCUAGAACUACCAACAGUCUUCUGGCUUGUAUGGAGUGAAUUUUUUUGUCCAUUUUACUAGGAACUUCAUUGUUGAACAGGUUUUCUCAACAUUUUCUAGUGAACUCUAUAUGACAGGAGUUUGAAGUCUAAUAAAAGUGUCUGUUUGGUUGGAACCAUCCAAAGUCACUGGAAUCUCUCUGUGUGACUCAGGAGAGAAGGUCACCAGAUAUUGAAACUGUUUAUGUCAUGGCAUGGCCCGGAAAAGAUCAUGUGAGGUGUUGGCUUCUGUGCACACAAUUGAUAAUUAAUACAUAAAGGUUAUCUUACUGACAUUUAAUGAUCCACCUUGAUGAAUGUUUUUAUGUCUACUUCCAGCCACAGACUUUUGUAGGAGGUAGAGGGAAAGACAUUGAUAAAUAUUUCUCAAUUAUUGAAUGGGAAUAAGAUUGCAUGGAAAAAAUCUUUGACUUUUGUUUUGGUGUGGUAGUAACAUUUAUUCUUUUGUUCAUGUUUUACUGUUGUGUAUACUUUUCUAAAGUGUUCUACUUAAAUGUCACAUUAGUCUAAAUAGUUAUUCAAAUUUUCAUUUGGUUGUCACCAAGAUACUUACAUCUAUUAGAUCAAAAGGUGACUGUUAAAAAUUGUUCAUUGAAUGUGGUUGUUUUGUUUAUGUUUCAUGGUUUGUAAGUCAUUGUUAAGACAGUGGCAUAAAUGGUUUUGUUUCAUGGUCUAUAAACCUUGUAAUAAUUAAUAAAACAAAAUGAUCAAAUAUUUGACAUGUCUAUUCUUGCUAUAAUUUGUUAAUGUCAUCAGUUGAUUUGUAAAUUAAAGUGACUCAAUAAAGUAACUCUUCAAUCUAUUUUUUUAUUUUAAAUUCUUUACAUCUGGUACCAGGUUACAUCUUCUUUGAAAUGAUUUGAAUGAAAGGUCUGUUGUUGACUAUCAAUGUACCGGUACUGUUCAUUAAGGACCUAAUUGAUCUAGUGAACCCUAAUACCUGCUACACUUUUAUUAUCAUCAAACUCCCAUAUCUGUCACAGCUGUCAUAGCAAAGUGUUUUGAUAACACUUGUUUGAAGGGAUCCUGGGGAACAAAUGAAAAAUAAGUCGUACAAAGGAGUUCUUUCGUUUUCAACACAUUCAAAAGAACAUGGAAACAUUUUCUGGUCAGUGAAUUGAUUGAUGUUGUUGUUCAUUUGAACUGAAUAAUUAGCAAGAUUGAUUUAAUUCAAUUGAGUCAAAUGUUACAUUUACGAGGAAUAGGUUGUGUCCCUUAGUAUUUAAAUAAAUUGAGGGAUUUAAAAAAACAGCUGACUAUGGAUACUAUGGGACACAAGCUAUUCCUAAAAAUGUAACAAAAUUUAAAGAGCUCCCGAUAUCCUUAUUCCUAUUUAAAAAUACUUUUUAAAAAAUCUCAUAUUGAGUGAAAAUGCAUCAAUCAUUUUGAAUCAAUCAUGGACCGGUAAUUAAUUUUUACUAGAUCUAAACCAAGAAUAAUAUAUUUGAGCGAUUGCAAAUUUUUUAAUUUCUUAUUUUUGUUUAACUCACAUUUCAUGCUUAUAGCAUGCCCAGUGCGCUAUGGUUUAACGGCUUCUGUAUGGGGGAAGGGGUAUCUGAGAACAGGUUUCCUAGAUGCCUUUUUUAAAAAAAAAAGUUGCUUGGAUCUAAAUUCGAACCUCCACGAUGGAAAGCCGACUUAUUAGCGACUGAGCUUUCCAAAUGCUUAUAAAAAGUAGGUUUUUUAAACAUUAGCGAACAAUUUAAUUAAUUACACAAGUCUUAUCUUUCCUUAAAUUAGUAGGCUCAACUGUCUAUAUAAAACAAAUUAAAUUAAUUAUGACUGAUUAAUUAACUAACUGAUUAUCUUUUUUUUUUAAAAUCUAUUCAUGUUUUGUCAUCAAAUAGUUUCAAAUUGAUCCGAGAGUGUGUGAAAUAAUGUGUUCAAGAUUCCACCCAGACAGAGUGAUGCUGCUAUUAGCUUUGUCUCUUCCUACCCCCCCCCCCCCCUUUUAAAUUGAACCUUGUCUCAAAACGAAGGCAAUUUACUAUUUCAAAAGUCUGACAUGACAACCAUUCACCAUUUGUCAGGGCAAAGUAGACUGGGAAAAGGGGUGGGGGAUGUGUGUCCAUAAUUUGUUGAUGAUGGAGUUAAACACAUGAACACAUCUCAAUUGUAUGUAUUGAAGUAUUAGAAUGUCAACUGAAUUCACUUAUUGUAUGUAUGUAUUGAAGUAUUAGAAUGUCAACUGAAUUCACUUAUUGUAUGUAUGUAUUGAAGUAUUAGAAUAUCAACUGAAUUCACUUAUUGUAUGUAUGUAUUGAAGUAUUAGAAUAUCAACGGAAUUCACUUAUUGUAUGUAUGUAUUGAAGUAUUAGAAUAUCAACUGAAUUCACUUAUUGUAUGUAUGUAUUGAAGUAUUAGAAUAUCAACGGAAUUCACUUAUUGUAUGUAUGUAUUGAAGUAUUAGAAUAUCAACGGAAUUCACUUAUUGUAUGUAUGUAUUGAAGUAUUGGAAUAUCAACUGAAUUCACUUAUUGUAUGUAUGUAUUGAAGUAUUAGAAUAUCAACUGAAUUCACUUAUUGUAUGUAUGUAUUGAAGUAUUAGAAUAUCAACUGAAUUCACUUAUUGUAUGUAUGUAUUGAAGUAUUAGAAUGUCAACUGAAUUCACUUAUUGUAUGUAUGUAUUGAAGUAUUGGAAUAUCAAUGGAAUUCACUUAUUGUAUGUAUGUAUUGAAGUAUUAGAAUUUCAACUGAAUUCACUUAUUGUAUGUAUGUAUUGAAGUAUUAGAAUUUCAACUGAAUUCACUUAUUGUAUGUAUGUAUUGAAGUAUUAGAAUAUCAACUGAAUUCACUUAUUGUAUGUAUGUAUUGAAGUAUUAGAAUAUCAACUGAAUUCACUUAUUGUAUGUAUGUAUUGAAGUAUUAGAAUUUCAACUGAAUUCACUUAUUGUAUGUAUGUAUUGAAGUAUUAGAAUAUCAACUGAAUUCACUUAUUCUGUUAAAUAAAAACAGUCACAUGUCUUUUUAAAGAGAAGUCUCGAGAUUAAAACCAAGGUUUGCUUUAGAUGCAGAUCAACCCUAACCCUAGACCUCAUUCAGUAGGCUAGUUACAUCGUCAUUCAAUUGUUGUGUUUUCUUCUGAAAAAGUAUCGUUAAGUUAGAACGUCCUCGGAAAAGUUCUCCACAAGAUUCUGUAACACUAGCAUUAGGAUGAAAUUGAUGCAAAUGGGUAGAGAAGUUUGACGUAUGGUAAUUGGGGAUUCUUUGAGGACAGCAGAGCACCGAAACAUAUGGCGUGGGGUUGUGAAAGAAUCACAAGUUCACAACUAGUACCUCAAACCUAAAUCCUAAUACUUCGACCUAGCUAAGGACUUUAACUAUAACGUGUUGCCUCUUGUAGACACCAACUAGAAAGCGGUAAUCUACUGGAGACACUAAGGUCUAGUAUUUUUUGUCUGGACUACUCUUGGAAUCUUUUUUAAUUUUGCGUUUGCCUUGUAAAAUAUCAGCAUACGUCUACAUAGCAAUAUAACUUCGUGGUUCUCCAUUACAACACACAGGUAGAUCCAUAGCAAUAUAACUUCGUGGUUCUCCAUUACAACACACAGGUAGAUCCAUAGCAAUAUAACUUCGUGGUUCUCCAUUACAACACACAGGUAGAUCCAUAGCAAUAUAACUUCGUGGUUCUCCAUUACAACACACAGGUAGAUCCAUAGCAAUAUAACUUCGUGGUUCUCUAUUACAACACACAGGUAGAUCCAUAGCAAUAUAACUUCGUGGUUCUCCAGUACAACACACAGGUAGAUCCAUAGCAAUAUAACUUAGUGGUUCUCCAUUACAACACACAGGUAGAUCCAUAGCAAUAUGAUUCAAUGAUUUUUCUUUUCAUUUAUCCGUGUGAAGUUUUUAUUCAAAUUACGUGUUCAUUAAACUUUUGUAAGUGAUGUAGCUA